AUGCCGUCCAUGCUCGAAGUCCGUGACGAUCGUCGGUCACGAUCGAAAUCUCCGAGCGGACGAGACAGAGGUCGAUCGAGAUCUCGUUCACGCGACCUUCGGGACUCGCCCGACAGAAGCGACAACAGAAGAUCGAGCAAGAAAUAUAUCCUAUCGGAGCCGGAGUCGGAGUCGGAGUCGGAGGACGACCAGAAAUACAGACACACGCGGUCCAGCAGAAAAUACUACGAUUCCGAUGACGACGACCGUCAGAGGCGGACCAAGAAUUCAAAGAAAUAUGAGGAUGACAGCGACGAGGAUGAAAGAUACCGUUCAUAUAAAUCCAGCCAGGACCCUUGGAGACGAGAUGACCCACCCUCCGACGACGACAGGACGUAUAGAAGAUCCAAAAAGAAGUCAGACAGUGAUUCCGACAGGCGAAGAGACGGAAGGGAAAAAUCAAGCCGGAAGAAAUAUGAUGAUUCAGAGGAAAGUGGUUCAGAGGCCCAUCGACGCAAUUCUAGAAGCCAUGACUAUGUGAAUCAGAAUGGCCGUGGCUCCUAUGGAUAUCCCCCGGGAGCAUAUACGGAAAGUCGCCCUCAUGAAACUCGUCAUAUGAGCUAUGUGGGCGCCGAUCCUCGAUAUGCACCACCUGGAGGAUUUCCUGGCGAUGCCCCCCCUCGUCCUCAACAACGAAUGUCCUCAUACAGCGGCCAGGGCGGAAUGCAGUAUGCAGAGGUAGACCGAUUCCAAUAUGCGCAGCCGGACGGUAAUGUGUCAUACAAAUACAAUGACGGCCGGACGAACGUACCAGCUCCGUACGCAGAAAGGAGACCAAACCAUGAACGGUCUCGGCCAAAGGACUACAAACACAGGGGCGAUGACUACAGGCUCGAAAAGUACGAAGCACGCGAGCGGAAGGACAAAAGAGACACUGAAGACAAAUAUGAAACACGGGAGCCGAAGAAUAAAAAGCUCUACGAUGACGACAACAAAUACGGCUCUUCCCCUGAAAAUGUGACCAAGAGAAUGUCCACUUUGGCCGUGGGUGCUGGCCUUGGAGCUGCAACAUUGGGAGUCGCUCAACAUCACUCUCACGAUGGCGGUAAACCACCGGCUUCGCCUUUGCUGGAAGCAUACAAAGGGACAUAUCAAUCCAUCUCACCCAUGCCUUCAGCAUUGGUUCUGGCCCAUCACCAGGACGACUCGGAUUUGUCUGAUUUGGAUCUUGACCUGGACGACGACUCGGAUGAUCCUGGUUCAGACAUUAAACGACAGAUCCGCAAGCUCGAAAAGGAAAAGGAGAAAUAUCUCCAAGAACAAAGGCAGAGCAACGGCCUCUCCAGCAAUACUCGAGAAACCCGGCCGCGUCGCCUCUCGAAUCUGGACACAAAUUAUGAAAUCCGGGAACCCGGCAGCGGCCAACGCGACCGUGCCAACUCCAACGUGAGCAUCAUAUCACCAGGAGGUCCGGGAAAGAAGAAGACCGUGUCAUUCUACGACCCUACCAACGACGCCAAGCGCAUCGCCGCCGCCUUAUCUGGAACACGCUCGGCGCCGAAUCCCAGACCAUUGAUUGAAAUCCUGCCUUCUCUCUCGACGGACGAUCUUUUGGCCUUGCGCGCCGAAUACAAGAACCACGCCAAAAUCAGCGGCCAAGGCAUCAAUAUCGCCAAGCACAUCAAAAUGCGCAUUCCUGGCAGCCUCGGCAAAGCCUGCUACACGACGGCCCUGGGCCGGUGGGAGAGCGAAGCAUACUGGGCCAAUUCCUGGUAUCAAGGCGGGGCGUCGCGCCGCGAACUCCUCAUCGAGAGUCUCAUGGGCCGCUCGAACAGCGACAUCCGCGAGAUCAAGAACUGCUUCAAGGACAAGAAAUACAAUGAUGACCUGGAAAAGUGUAUCCGCACGGAAUUGAAGGCAGAUAAAUUCCGCGUCGCAAUCCUGCUGGCGCUCGAAGAGCGACGCAUGCCCGAGUCCUCGCCGCUCGAUAUCAACUUGGUGAAAGAAGACGUGGCGAAUUUGGCACAUGCAUUAGAGUCCGCGGGCGGCGAAACCGACAUGAUCAAAAUUAUCGUGGUGCGCAGUGAUGCGCACCUCCGCGAAGUCUUGAGAGUGUUCGAACGGACGUACCACAUCAAUUUCGCACGGCAGAUGAUUUCCAAGUCGCGCAACCUGGUCGGUGAGACGUUGGCCCAUAUUCUGAACGGCGCCCUGAAUCGACCGAUGCGUGACGCGCUAUUGUUGCAUCAGGCGAUUAGUGAGACGGCGCCCGGGAAGGAACGCACGGAGCUCUUGGUCUCGCGGCUCGUCCGGUUGCAUUGGGAACCGAAGCAUUUGGAGAAGGUUAAGAAUGUGUUUCAAGAGAGGUAUGGAAAAGGCGUGGAGGAGAGCAUAAAGAGGGAGGUGUGGGCACAAAUGAAGACGCCGGAGGGCAGGAUGUGUGCCGAGUUCUGCGUCGAGUUGGUCGAGAGUAGUGAUCCGGAUAAUAAUAGACGGAGAUGA